GUCGUCGUCGCCGUCGCCGUCGCCGUCCCUGUCGUCUUCGUCACCGUCGUCGCCAUCGCCGUCGCCGUCUUCGGUGUUUCUGCCUUGCUCGUCGCCGCGGCCGUGGAUGUCGUCGUCGUCAUCGUCGUCAUCGUCGGCGGCGACGGAGCAGCAUGCCGCAGCUUCAUGGGACGCGGCGGCGGAGGAGGACCUCGACGGAGUUUCAGUGAUGGCCUUAUUUGCCGCCGCCUCGGAAGAUGCCGAGUUGCAGCAGAUGGAUCUCGCGGAGAAGGAAGAAGGCUUGGAUCACAAAGGGAAUGCGCCACUGGUGGAAGGCGUUGAUCAAAACUUUGUGAAGGCACCACUGGCGGAAGGUGUCGAUCAAAUCAGUAUUGAGAAGAAUCUUUCCGUGCCUAUCAAUACUGUCGACGAAGAUGCAAUCUGCGACGCCUUGAUGCAACUGGCUUGCAACAUUGGCGUACCAUCAUCGUCAACCGCUGUCACCUCAGAUGGAUCGAACCAUGGGAUCAGUUUAACGGGCGGUGACGAUGGCACGAUGCGGCAGCUGGCUAUCUUGGCUGAGGAAGCCAACAAAAUGCCCUGCAUUGGGGAGAAGGAGCCUCUGUCGUCAGCAUUAGCUUCUGAUUUUCCAUCAGAUAGCUUCGUCAUUCAGGAAAAGAUCAAGGGACUUUGUGGAAAGUAUGUUUCUUUUAGGCGCUCGUGUCGAGAUGGUAACUGUUUCUACAGAAGCUUCGUAUUUUCCUACCUGGAGCAAGUUGCUGCCAUGGGAGAUGAAGAAUAUGAGGAAGAAGCCUUGCAGAUUCUUCAAAUUUUUCAGAAUUACAAGAUGGCAUAUCAAAAUCUUGGAAAGCCCAGCUCAUUGUUUGAAAAUCACUAUUCAGAUUUCAUUGGCCUGCUUAUGAAUAUUAUGGAGUGGAGAAAAACUUCUACAAGAAAGUUCAUGCUUAGCAAAGGAAUAUGGUAUGCCCUUUGUGUAGCCAGCCACUGCCAUGAGCAACUUCUGCUGGAGAGCCGGGAUGAUUUGAAGUCAAAUUUCAUUAUUGGCCUCUUUAGGUUAGUAACUUCCGUCGAGAUAUGCAAACGAGCGGAGCAUUUUGAUCCCUUUCUGUUCGACAUGAAAGGGCGCAAUCUGGAACAGUUCUGCGCGGAGGAGGUCGUCAGGAUGGGCAGCGAAGUUGACCACUUGCAGAUCACGGCGCUGGUGGACGCGCUGGGCGUGCCCGUAAGUGUGCUGAACAUCGACUCCUCCCCAACCCUAUCGAGCUCCGGAACCCUCGAGGCCAACCGACAUGACUUCUUCCCGUGCUCGAGCCUCCAGUAUCAGCCUUCGCGGAGUGUUUCUACAGGAGGCAACGGAGCGAGCAUGAGCAAUGCUUCGGCUCGGCCCAGGCCCCAUGUGACCUUGCUGUACAGGCCAGGCCAUUAUGAUAUCCUCUACCCGAAGUAACUCUUUACCGGCCACAGCAGGAUUUUUGAUAGAGGUGAUCUUCUGAUAUAGAUUGCGUACUGGUCCGACAUUAGGUUACAUCUUACGUUAGGUUUAUUCACAGAGAGAGUUGGAGUUCAUGAAUGCUGUUCGGCAUCUUUGUUUACUUUCCAAGUGCUCCGAUUCGUUGGCUUGAAUUCUUUUGUAAAUAUAACAUAUGCUAACAUGCAAACUGGUUGUAGUCUUUUGUAUACGGUACGGUGCGUUGUAACGAUGAAGAUAUGGAUGCCGCAUGCAAACUGGUUGUUCUACAGCCCAAAAUUUUAUUGUCUGAGUUUUUCAGGUA